AUGUCCCUCCUGGCGCCAGAAGACUGGCAGUGGCUACGAGCAAAUGAGUUCACCAGUCACUGCACUCCAAGCGGAUUCUGCAAAGUGCACAAAUACUUCCUCGUCCAGAACCCCCAGGACGUCCACCCCAACCUGCCACUCGCCCGCAUAACCGACAUCCGAACAGCUUUCCAGGGCCAGUUCUUCGAAACCCUACCCGCCACGCUCAUCUCCCCCGCCACGCUCUGGGACCUGGGCUUAACCGUGAGCGCCGGCAGGAGAAUCUGGCACGCGUGGCUCAACCGCACCAGCCUGGGCCCCAUUUGCCCCCCGUACCACGACGACUACGGCAUGGAGUUCGUCCGCUUCGUCCUCGGCAACCUGGAGAGACUCCGUUGCGAGUGGGUUUCCGACUGCGCGACCGACGACGCCCUGUGGGAUGAGCUGCUCGUCAUGUACGGCGUCAACCACGAGCUAGACGCCAAGAUCAAGCUGCGCAGGGCCAGGCAGGACAGGACCCCCGCUCCUCUCCAACAUGUGAGGGACGACUCGGACGGCGCUGGGGACGCUGGCGGCUUGCAGGGUGUCCUGGGACGCUCGAUGCCGGCCAGGAAAGCCCACGCGCGGCAGCUCUGCCUGGCCUGGCUGAAGGAGGACAUAUCAGAGCGCUUCAUGUACCUCAAGAAGAUUAUGCGGCUGUCUCGUCAGCGAGCCGAGCUUUUGCAGAAACCAGGCGGGCUGGGAAUCGAGCCACAGGUUGCACAACGCGACUAUCGGUUCUACGUCAAAACGCGCCUGGUCUUGCCGGAGAGUUGGAAGCAGGGGGGCGAAUUGCAGAACGCGCCUUGCAGGGCGAGCGUUCCGUUUACAUUGAAGCCAGAGACGGACGGGGAAGCAGCCGAGACGAGUUUGCCUGCUUCACAUUUGGCGCAAUCUAUUCUCUGA